CAUGUGUGAAAGCUACUUGGCAUGAAUGCCUGGGCCGUACCAAGUGUCACCGCAGCAAGAGGGGGAGUCAGAAGAAAAACAGAUCAGACCAGAGCAGACAAUAGGCCCCUAAAGUGUUCCCCCUAAGUUGCUUUGAUGUUGUCCUAGUGUCUUGAUACCAGGAGGCCAGGGAUUGCAGGAAAAGGGUCUUUUUUGUCUUCAUUCACUUUCCCCCCUCAGUUUCUGAAAUGAUUCUCCAGAAUUUCUCCUCAUAAAAAAGGACUGAAUGUGGGACUAGCUGGUGUUACUCCACUUUGACCUAAAAAUUCCUUUCUGUUUGGGAGGCAGAGAUCACUCUUGGAAAGUUCCUCUGCAUCCCAAUGUUAGAAGAGAGAGCAAAUUGGACAUCUUGAAAGCAGUUCCCAAGGCAGAGGUCAUCAAGUUAAAUGCAAGUCAUAACUGUGAGGGUCACCUUUGAGACAGGGGUUCCUGGACUCCGCAAGCUCCUCCCCUCCAGGAUGAGCACUGCCGUAUCGUGACCCUUGGGGUUUUGUGUGCCCUGGAGAUGCGAGAUUUUCCUUUGGCAGCAGGAGGCACACACCCGGAGAAUGCUGGAGCCGCAAGGGGACAGGACCCACUUCCACAGCGGAGAAAAACAAAGAGGAAAAAGGCGUGCAGGUGGCCAGCGCUAAGGGACUCGCCCAGCAAGCAGUGGGCCACUGCCGCUGUCCUCAGCAGCUGUUUCUGCUGCAGCCCGAGAGGAACUCGGUGA